AUUGCACAGCGUGAAACACUUCUAUUUCCCACAGACGUGGGGCAAGCACAUCAAGGCAGAGCUCAGAGCCAGUCAGAGAAGAGCUGAAAUGAACCUUCUGCCUUCUUUCUCUACAGAAACAUGGGCCCUUAUACUUCUUUUUGUGGCCCUCCUGCUAGCAUAUGGGAUCUGGCCAUUUGGUCUGUUCAAGAAGUUGGGCAUUCCCGGGCCAAGACCUCUGCCUUUCUUUGGGACAUCCCUGGAAUAUCGCAAAGGUUUCAUGGAAUUUGACCAGGAAUGUUUCAAGAAAUACGGGAAAGUCUGGGGGAUUUACGAUGGCAGACAACCCACACUGGCUGUCACAGACCCCCAGAUCAUCAAAUCUGUGCUGGUUAAAGAUUUUUACACCACCUUCACCAACCGCAGGCGCAUAGAUCUGGCCGGGGUACUGACCAAUGCUGUCACGUUAGCUGAAGAUGACCAUUGGAAAAGGCUCCGUUCUAUGCUCUCUCCAACCUUCACCAGUGGGAAACUAAAGGAGAUGUUCCCUAUAAUAAAGCACUAUGGGGAAGCUUUGGUGAAGAAUGUUCAAAAGCAAGUGAAAGAGGACAGCUCAAUAUCUGUAAAGGACAUCUUUGGGAGUUACAUCAUGGACGUGGUCACCAGCACUUCCUUUGGUGUGAACAUUGACUCCAUGAACAACCCCAAGGACCCCUUUGUCAGAGAGAUGAAGAAACUGGUCAAGUUUGACUUUUUUGACCCAGUCUUCAUCUUGUCAUUUGUAUUCCCAUUCCUUAUUCCUAUCAUGGACAAGAUGAAGAUACACGUUUUUCCCAGUAAUGGUCUAGAUUUUUUUAUGAGAUCCCUUGCCAAAAUUAAGCAGGAUCGUGAAAAGGAGGCGCACAAGGGCAGGGUAGAUUUCCUGCAGCUGAUGAUUGAACACCAGCGCUCAGCCAGCCAGGGCAACAGCGAAGCAAAUCACUCAUAUAAAGCCCUGACCGACAUAGAGGUCCUGGCCCAGGCAUUCAUUUUUUUCUUUGGGGGGUAUGAGACAACCAGCAACACCUUAGGCUUCCUGGCCUACGAGCUGGCCAUGCACCCUGAUGUGCAGGAAAAGGUGCUGCAGGAGAUCGACACAGUCCUGCCCAACAAGGCUCCAAUCACAUAUGAAGCAAUUAUGAAACUGGAAUACCUGGACAUGACAGUGAGUGAAACCUUCAGGGUCUAUCCCCUCGGGGGCCGGAUUGAGAGAAUCUGCAAGAAAGACGUGGAGAUAAAUGGAGUGACCAUUCCCAAAGGAGUCGUGGUCACAAUCCCACCCUAUGUCCUGCACCACAACCCUGAGUACUGGCCCAACCCAGAUGAGUUCAGGCCUGAAAGGUUCAGUAAGGAAAACAAGGAGUCCAUAGACCCAUACACGUACCUGCCCUUUGGAGCUGGGCCCAGGAACUGCAUUGGGAUGAGGUUUGCUCUCCUGAUUCUGAAAGUCGCCAUCGUCUCCCUGCUGCAGCAUUUCACCUUCCAGACCUGCAAAGAGACUCAGAUCCCAAUCAAGCUGAGUUCAGUGGGGCUCCUAACACCAGAGAAGCCGAUUAUUCUGAAGUUGGUGCCCCGGACCAGCACCGAGCCUGCCAAGAACUGAAACCCAGCCACAGCCCCCAACACACAGGGACUGCCAAGCUAACAAAGGGAUCACACACCACAGGAAAACUCUCCUACACAUACAGGCACAGAAGAGCAGCUCCAGUUAAUUCUGGAAGCAAUUACUACAUAUUUACUAAUAAACAUAACUGUCAGAAAGGUGACAUGGAUCACUGGGCAGGGACAAUACACAGUCCCCUUAAUUUUGAUUGCAAAACAAGAAAUAGAUCCAAAUAGAUCCAAAUGAGAAUCUGAUCAUUGACUUCUAAAGGGACUUCUCCAUCUGGAGGGAAGGAAUUACUGCCACAUCCAAGAAGCACAAGGUGCGAUGGAAAUUCAAACUGCCAGACCUCACCAGGCAGGGAUGGGUAUUGUUCUUCUGGGUGUAUUGAUGCUUGAAAUUUCAUGUGUUCUAAUUGAGACAACUGGUGUGGACUACACAUCCUAGUUACCAACCCUCUCCUGUGCCAUGUGUUAAUUAAACUAAAGUGUGUACAAAUACUGUCAUUAAAAAUGUUUGAGAGCUGC